AUGAAGAUACUUUGCAUUUUUAUGGUCUUUAUCCUCACUGUGUCUUGUGGUCCUGCAGAUCCACAGAAAAAAUUAAGAGAAACUCUAGUGAGAAAACGAGAAUGUUACCUUGUUCGUGGUUCUUGCAAGACUGAAUGCAACAGCUGGGAAUACGUUUAUAAUCACUGUGAUACUGAGCCCUGCUGUGUGGUACGGGAGUACAUAAGACCACAGGAAGUCACUACGAUCAGUACAACAACUCAUAAAAAUGCAAAUUCUCAUUCAAAUAUUUAA